AUGGCCGCAAAUUUUUGGACUUCAACGCAUGGAAUGCACUGGUUACUUAGUCGUCAUGCUCUCGCUGAAUGUAGAAAAGUAGAUUUAAAAGUCGUGACUGAACAAGAGUUAAUCAAAGUUAACAUAUGGUUCGCACAAAUAAUAACUGAACUUGGAAGAAAACUCUCAGUACGUCAAGUAAUUAUUGCAACGGCCAUUACUUAUUUCAAACGAUUUUAUACAAGAAAUAGUUUUAGAAAUACCGAACCUAAUUUAGUCGCCGCCACAUGUAUGUAUUUAGCAUGCAAAAUUGAAGAAUCUCCACAUCAUAUAAAAACCGUUAUCGCAGAGAUGAAAGCAAUCAUUAUAGGAGGAAGUUUUCCAUAUGAUAAUCAAAAAGUAGCAGAAAUGGAAUUUUAUUUAUUAGAAGAGUUAGAAUUUAAUAUGAUAGUAUUUCAUCCAUAUCGUUCGUUAAUGACAUUGGCACAGGAUCUAGGUACCAAAAAUGAUGAUGUACAAUGGGCUUGGGGGGGGGCUCAGUAUGGUGAUUAUUCGCUUACAUCGACUACAAGUAAUGCGAAUAAUAGCGGUGCUGCUGCUGGAGUAACCACAAGAAAUGCAAGAAGGGGUGCUGGUAAUAAUGCUGGUAAUGUUAAUGAAACUCCGAAAGUAAAAGAUAUUAGAUUAUGGUUCGCUCAAUUAAAUGUUGAUUCGGAACAGAAUGCACAAGUUUAG